AUGGCCAGUUUUACGAAUGGACCUGUUACAGAUGGUUUAUGGGUAAUGAUGGCACAAGAAGAAACACAAAAGGAAGAACUUGAAGCGCUAGAAGCAAUAUAUCCGGGCGAAAUAGAAGUGGAAAAUCGAGAAUAUCCGAAUGUAACAUUCAAGAUAAAUCUGCGGUCCAAUACUGCUUCCGAAACGCCGAAUGCAUUACCCGAUGGAGGAGAAUCUGGAGCAGAAUCCUUCACAGUGGUCCUUUUGUUAAGGUUACCCAAAGACUAUCCGGAUGUAAUACCAGAAAUCGACUUGAUUGGACUUGAUGAAAUGUUUAGUGAAGAACGUAUCGAAAUGUUAAUAGACGACUUAAAAACAAUUGCUAGUGAGAACGUCGGUAUGCCGAUGGUGUUCACCAUUGUUUCGUCGUUACAGGAUCAUAUGGGAAGUCUCAUUGAAGAGAAGAAUUUGGAAGCUCUGCGUAAAGAAGAGAGGAAAAAAGAAGAGGAGGAAGCAUUGACGAGAAAGAAAUUCGAAGGUACCAGGGUAACACACGAAUCGUUUAUGAUCUGGAAGAAAAAAUUCGAUGAGGAACGAAUUGCAUUAAAAGAGAAACAAAAUGUGCAAGAUGCGGCCGCUUUGAUGGGUAAAUUAACUGGACGUCAGUUGUUCCUUCGGGAUGCAACGUUGAGUUUAUCUGAUGUGGUAUUGAUGCAAAAUGAUGCCGUUGAAAUUGACGAGAGUUUAUUCGAAGAGGUGAAUUCAUUUUUGAGUGCCAUUUUAAUUGAUUUGGGAGAUCUGGAUAUCGAGGACAGCGAUGAAGAGCCUUAA